AAUAUGUCAGUUUUAUUGAAAAAUGGUUCGCGAUAGAAGUACGGGAUCGCUAUAUAAGGGCUGGCGUUUUCGAUUAUUGUCAUUCGUUUCCACCUGCGAAUCAAGAAAUAGCAGCCUUUUCCUACUCUCAUAAAGACAGACGUCAGAAUCAUGUUGAAAUUCGCCGUUCUCGCUGUAUGUCUGGCUUCCGCCAUGGCCCAGUGGUAUGAUGACGAUAAUAUCGGAUUCGGGUUCGGACCCAGUGUCGGAAUCGGACACGGGAUUGGAAUCGGACACGAUAAUGGAUACGGAGGAUAUGGCGGAUCUUCAUACUAUGGAGGGGGUAGAGGCUAUGGAGGCUACGGAGGUAUCUCCAUGGGAGGGUACGGAAAGGGUUACGGAAGGAGAAUAACAGUAUCCAAGGGAUACGGCGGAUACGGAAAUGGAGGAUACGGAAAUGGCGGAUACAUCAUGGGAGGUGGAUAUGGUGGAUAUGGCGGAUACGGUGGAAAUAAUGGAUUCAUCAUCGGAGGAUCAGGAUUCGGAAAAGGAAAGAAAGGUUUCGGAGGUUAUUAAGCCUGAAUGAAUCCUUACAAGAACCCGGCACUCAUGUCUUUGAUUUCCAUUUGUACAUUGUAUGUUGUUUUGUGAGAAAUAAAUGUUACGUAUCAAA